AUAUUUUAUAUUUAAUUAUUUUAUUUCAUCAAUAAUGAAAACCCCACCAAUUUGUGCAGUCCAUGUCAACAACUCCAUUCUCAAACCUUCCAACAACAACAGCCACCUCAAUUUUCGAUCCGAUUUCAUGUUUUUUCCAAUCCUAAAUCGAAGUUGAGAGUCGAGAAAUACGAUGAUGUUGUGUUUGGGAGUAGUUGGUGGGUCCACUAAAUGUCUUCAGCUCUAUGAUUCCAGUUACAGAAUCAACCACAAAAGAUUCGGUAAUCUAAACAACAACGGUUUAUGUUUCAAUACGAGGUGGCGUUUCAUGGCACUUGAAUCGGACUCUUCUUCUUUUGCAUCUUCUGUUGAUUCUGACACCACCGAUAAAAACGCUGCUGCUACUGGGUUUUGUAUUAUAGAAGGACCUGAAACUGUACAAGAUUUUGCUAAAAUGGAACUUCAAGAAAUUCAGGAUAAUAUUCGAAGUCGAAGAAAUAAAAUUUUCUUACAUAUGGAAGAGGUUCGUAGGCUUAGAAUACAGCAAAGGAUUAAAAAUGCGGAACUUGGAAUUUCGCAAGAAGAGCAAGAGAAUGAACUUCCGAAUUUCCCAUCAUUCAUUCCAUUCUUGCCUCCUUUGACUUCGGCAAACCUCAAGCAGUAUUACGCUACCUGUUUUUCUCUUAUCGGCGGGAUAAUUCUUUUUGGUGGUCUUCUUGCUCCGAGUUUGGAGCUUAAGCUUGGAAUAGGAGGCACAUCUUAUGCCGAUUUUAUUCAAAAUGUGCAUCUGCCUAUGCAGUUGAGUCAGGUUGAUCCUAUUGUGGCAUCAUUCUCCGGUGGAGCGGUUGGAGUAAUCUCUGCAUUAAUGGUUGUUGAGAUAAACAAUGUAAAACAACAGGAGCAGAAAAGAUGCAAGUACUGUGUUGGUACCGGAUAUCUUGCAUGCGCUCGCUGUUCAAGCACGGGUGCACUUGUUCUGAUUGAACCGGUAUCCACCUUUAAUGGUGCAGAUCAGCCUCUUUUACCGCCGAAAACCGAGAGAUGUUCAAAUUGCUCCGGAUCUGGCAAGGUCAUGUGUCCGACAUGUCUUUGCACUGGAAUGGCGAUGGCAAGCGAACAUGAUCCUCGAAUCGAUCCUUUUGAUUAGAGGUUUAAUAUUAUUGUGGUAGAUAUCGUAAGUAGGAAAUUGAAAUUCUAUGAUGAGUAUGGUAUAUGUUUUUCUGUUAUGAAAUAAUGGAGUUUCUGUAAAUAUGUAUAAACUCAAUAAUAUGCAAAAGAAAGUGGUUAAGGAUCUAAAGACAGUUUCCUUUAUUUUAUAGGAAUUGGAUAUGUUGUAGCUGGAAAUUUCAUGGUUACUUUCUUAGAAUGGUCACAAGAAAUUAGGGGCCAGAUUACUGUUUUAUGAAACAUCAUAUUUAAAAACACAAUACACAUUCAUUUUCCUUUUUCUUUCA